CGUAGCUUGAGUGUAAUCAUUUAUGACGACCGAGGAAGUGACUGUGUAGCAGGCUCUUUAUACACAGUCUAUGGUACCAGGUAGCAUUUUGCCCUCAACGACAGCUAAGUUAAAGAAUAUACACCGGAGUGAGAAGAGACAUCAUCUUUAAGGAUUUCCAUAUGGAUUCUCCGCGGCAAUCUAAGAAGGCUAAUCUGAAUCGAGAGACGAAGCGCAGCCAACAUCAGUCAAGCACUCCUCCUCAGAAAGAUGCUUAUGCCAGACUUCUCAGCCAGCACCGCAGCAGCAAAUUCAGCUUGUAUCUAGAGCAAUAUGCAAAGGACUUGUCAUUUCAAAGAGAAGAAAAUGGGCCAAGCAUGCUGCUCAAAGCCCAGAGUGACAGGCUGAACAUACCACAGCGAAAAAGGGACCAAGUGCCUAAUGAUUUCUCUGAUUCGAGUGACUUCUCCCCCUCCUCCUUGAAAAGUAAAGGAGAGGAAAGUUCACUGUCUUUGUACAUGGAGAAACUUAACAGUCGCAGUGCUCAUCAGGACGGUGAAAGGAGGCAAGGUGUGACUGACAGGCAGCGACGGGGCCAGAGAAGGGACACCACCACCAGCCAAGACGGAGACAUCGAGUCUGGCGAGGAGCUCAGCUCUUUGAUACCUAUUGACUCAAACAAACACCAGAAGCAGCAGCAGAAGAAAAACAAGGACUCAAACAGAGAUGUUGCCUCAAAAGAGACCAGCCUGUUUGUUGGACGUCCACAGUCUCCAAAGAAAGCUGGUACAAGUGGACAGGAACAAGAGAAGGCAAAAAAGUUCAAGAAAAAGAAUCCACCAAAGCACCCAGAAGAGGAGAAACCCAGAGAAGGGACUGGGGUUGACACUCCAGUGUCAAGGCCCAAGUCUCCUCAUGGUAAAGACAAAAAGACACAGCAGGCCCGAGCUUCAGCCACCAAUUCUCCUGCUGACAAAAGUAAGAACAAAGGAGGCAGAGGGUCAAAGAAACAAGUGUUUGAAUCCUACAUGACAUCUGAGGAGGUUUCUCAUGGCCUUAAAAGAGGAGAGCUCAUUCAGGGACAAUUGAGAAUUAACCCUAAGAAGUACCACGAGGCAUUCAUCCCAUCUCCUGAUGACACACGGGAUAUAUUUCUGGAUGGGAUUGUAGCUCGCAACAGAGCUCUAAAUGGGGACAUUGUGGUGGUGCAAGUCCUACCUCAGGAGCAGUGGAAGGUUGUGAGGUCAGAUACUGAAUGUGAAGGUGCCAGUGAGUCAGAGACCCAGAGAGAGCACGUGGCGCAAACAAUGCAGAAGAAGACAGACCUCCCCCAGUGUAGUGACCAGGAUGAACCCAUCAGCAAAUUUCAGAAAUCAACCCUAACUGACACAGGGGGACAUCUGGAAGACCCCUCAACCCCACGGUCUAACGGAGAAAUACUCCAAAAGACUGCUAAAGUGGUUUACAUUGUUGAGAAGAAACACUCAAGAGCUGCAACAGGCUUCCUCAAGUUCCUACCAGAGAAGCCCUUUGCUAUGUUCUCUCCCAUGGACCACCGGGUGCCACGAAUUAACGUUCCCCUGGUUGACUGUCCUGAAGACUUCAGUUCCCGCCCAGGCGACUACACCAACACCUUGUUUAUCUGUCGCAUCACCAACUGGGCAGCUGACAGCAACUUUGCAGAAGGUCGACUUGCUAAGACCCUGGGUCAAGCUGGAGAAAUCGAGCCAGAGACAGAGGGCAUCCUGACAGAGUACGAUGUCGAUUUUUCUGAGUUCUCAGAUGAGGUCUUGGACUGCCUCCCCAAGAACCUGCCCUGGACCAUCCCACCUGAAGAGAUGAGCAAAAGGAGAGACCUAAGGAAGGAAUGUAUCUUCACGAUCGACCCUGCGACAGCUAGAGAUCUGGAUGAUGCCCUGUCCUGUAAACAACUCCCAGAUGGGAACUUUGAGGUUGGAGUCCACAUUGCUGAUGUGAGUUACUUUGUGGAGGAGGGCAACGCUCUGGAUGCCAUUGCCAGCCAAAGAGCAACUAGUGUUUACCUUGUUCAAAAGGUGAUCCCCAUGUUACCUAGGCUGCUCUGUGAGGAGUUGUGCAGUCUCAACCCUCUCACUGACAGACUCACUUUCUCCGUCAUUUGGAAAAUCACACCAGAGGGGAAGAUCCUGAGUGAGUGGUUUGGCCGCUCAGUGAUCCGCUCCUGCGUGAAGUUGAGUUACGACCAUGCUCAGAGCAUGAUUGAGGAUCCUGAGAAGAUGUUCUCAGCUGAGGAGCUGCCACCUGUGGACCCUGUGCACCCAAUUGAUGAGAUCCACCAGGCUGUGCUCAACCUGCACUCUAUUGCUAAGAACCUCAGAGCUCAGCGCUUCUCAGGCGGAGCCCUCAGACUUGACCAGUUGAAACUGUCUUUCACCCUGGACAAAGAGACCAUGAUGCCUCAAGGCUGCUAUAUUUACCAGUACAGAGACAGUAACAAGUUGGUGGAGGAGUUCAUGCUAUUGGCUAACAUUGCCACCGCCCACCACAUCCACCGCAAAUUCCCUGAGCUGGCCCUGCUCCGACGCCACCCUCCACCAAAAGCCAAGAUGGUAGAUGAGCUGCAGGAGCUGUGUGACCAGCUGGGCAUCAAGAUUGACUUGUCGUCUGCAGGAACAUUGCAUAAGAGUCUCAAUACUGCUCUCGGUGAUGAUAAAUACUCCAGUGCCAGAAAAGAAGUCCUCACCCACAUGUGCUCCAGACCCAUGCAGAUGGCGUUGUACUUCUGCACAGGUGUACUGAAGAACGAGCAGCUUUUUAAGCACUAUGCCCUCAAUGUUCCUCUCUACACUCACUUCACAUCACCCAUCAGACGCUACGCUGACAUCAUUGUGCACCGGCUGCUGGCUUCCUCCCUGAAGUGUGGGCCUCCCUUAGGACUGUCAACAAAAGAGGUCGAGAAACAGGCAUCACAUUGUAAUGACAAGAAGACAAUGUCAAAGAGAGUCCAGGAGCUCAGCUCUGAGCUCUUCUUCGGAGUGUUUGUAAAGGAGUGUGGUCCCCUGGACUCUGAGGCCAUGGUGAUGGGGGUGUUGGAUCAGUCCUUCGAUGUACUAGUUCUCCGCUACGGAGUGCAGAAGCGUAUCUACUGCAAGUCUAUUACAGGUGUGGACACAUUUCACCAUCGUAAGGUGGGGAAGAAAUCAGAGCUGACUCUACUCUGGACACCAGAGGACUUGGAGGAACCUCCAACAGAGCAGGUCAUUUCAGUCUUCACCUUGGUGGAGGUGCAGCUCAAAGCGGACAAUGCACCAAUGAAAUACAGUGCAGUACUCAAAAGGCCUGACAGCAAUGAAUCCUAAACACUGAAAUGUGCCCUGGUGCACACAAACCCUUAUGUGGAAGUUUGGAAUUGCACAUUUUCUUUAGUUAACUAACAGAUUUCACAUAUAGUUUAGAGGCAGUGUUACUGUAAGUAAGCAAGAAGUCACUGAUCAGAUCAGAGUCCGAUUUCAUUUGCAAUUGCUGCUGAGUUUCAGUCUCAACUUCAGGGACCACUCCAGUGGUGUUUCAUCUUUUACCCGACUUACUGCAAAUAACCCACACUCAUGUACAUGACUGCUGCUCAUUAUCCAGGGGUUGUUUGAUAUUUUUUGAAUUUGCUGUGAAAGUCUUUCCUCAUAGCUUUUGGUUUCUCUUCAUUUCCAUAACACAGAAGUCAACAUUUAUAGUCUUGCAACAUGUAUCCAUUACAGGAAUAAGGUCAUUAAGGUAAUGGUAUGCUUGCUAUCAUCUAAAUCACGUGUGGAUUUAUAGUAAGUGGUUUAAAACAUGAAAUUGUGGUUAAAGACUGAUGGAUCUUUUUAAACCUAAAUGAAAUCAGUAAUGAGCAGACUUAACUCAGAAUGGAUUUCAAAUUGAAUCUGGGCUCAGGUCUGACUGUGACGGUACCAAGGCGGCAAUGAGUUUUAUUUUGCUGUUGAUUUAUUGACCUAAUGAGGUCAGUUUUUAUGUGAUGUAAUUCUUGUACACAGUCUAAUGUGUGAAAACUGAUUUUUAACUAUUUUCAGUUUAAUAUUAAUGUCUGGCUUCUUGAUUCAAGACUUAGAAAAGACCCAUAGUUGUGUUUGCAAACAACAGAGUAUACACUACUGAAUUUUAUUUACUGGGUUAUGGUUUGGCUGUGGUGGUUGUUACAUAACUAGUGAUGGUCGCUGAGGAGCUACAUGGGUAAAACAGUAAAUUUGUAGUAGUGGUAACAAGUAAACAUUUUGACUAUAUCAGAUUCACACAUUAUAUAUAGUAACCUUGGCAUAAAAAAAUAAUAGCGUAGCAAAAUAACACCUGCCAUGUGUCAUCCAUGACUUUUUAAAUUGCCACAUUGUGUAUUUAUAGGGUUUUAUACAGGACAAGUUUUCUUUUGGAUUUUUUGAGGUGGCAGUUGUGACAGGAAAAAAAAUCUUAAAAUGAGGGAUUCAUGGAUCUAGCAUACUGUUUUAGUUGAAACUGAGGUAACUGAUUUGUGCAAGUGAGGCCAAAGCUUGAUCAUUAACAACUCAUUUUUAUUGUUUUUGUUACAAAACAUGGGAAUGACUUGAAUGUGAACUGCUGCUGAAAAUGGUUGGUGGCCUUAAGAUCUUCAUUCAUUUAAUGUUGGCUCAUGUGCUUUACAGUGCUUCCAACUGUUUGUGUUUAUUUUUUUAAUCUCAAACUUGAUCUGUGCAGCACAAGUACUUUAUGGACCUCAUUAAUAUCAACUGUGAAUUUCAGCCUUACUUUAAUCAAAUGAACAUAGGACUCAAUUUCAGUACAGUUGCACCUUUUAAAAGGAUGUGGGCCCCACAUUUGCUAUGCCUUUUAAGUUGUCACUCAUUCUGACUUUGAUUGUGCCAGUGCCAUGUAAUUAUAUAAAUUAGCUGCUACAUCUGCACAAGUAUUUGUUUAAUGUUUCAAUCUUCAAUCAAAAUACUUUUGUUUGACAGAUUAUUUUUAGGUCUGUGUCAGAUUUUUGAACAAUUACCAGCUAAUGCUUUUAAGUUAUUUUCUUUUACAUGGACUGACACUAUGUGACAAGAGCUUUAAAUGUAUUUUUAAACCAGCAAGUGGUUAGUAGUCUGACAGUUGUACUACCGUAAAUUUUGUGUUUAUUAAUUUUGUGGUUGAAAAAAUACUUUUCUCACAUUUGAAGUCUAAGAAAGUACAACCUGUGUGUAUCUUAUGCAAUGUAUACCGUCACCUGUAACUUUCAUUAUGGUCAGUAUUCAAGGUACAUUUGUUCUCUGCUGAACCACUAUACAGAGCAAUAGACAGUUGUGUUUGUGUGUAGGAAAAUAAAUACAUACAUGAGAUCUA